AUGGUGACGACAGUUUUGAUCUGGGUUACGCUCAUAGUCGCUUUCUUUCGGAUCUGCCAGCUCUCUCUCUCAAAAAUCAGCAAUUACCUUAAAGACGCUGCCUUACGGUCGCAACACGGUUGCGAGUUACCGCCCGAGCUGCCCAAAAGAUGGCCACUUGGUAUCGAUCGCAUCAAGGACCUCUGGGAAACAAAUGCGGAAGGUCGACUUCUUGCGUAUCUCUGCAAGGUUGCAGAAGACUACGAACCUGGAAAUAAUCUUACCCAAUAUCUGUUAUUUGGGCCUAGGGCCUUCCAUUUGCUGCAUCCUUCGAAUGUGGAGGCUGUUUUGUCUACAAACUUCAAAGACUACGGUUUCGGUGCCAGGCGGGAAAUAUUUGCACCCUUGCUGGGAAACGGAAUUUUUACUCAAGAGGGACCUGCUUGGAAGCAUUCGAGAGAACUUCUGCGAAAGCAAUUUGUUCGUGUUCAGUACCAGAACUUAGACCACUUCCGCGAGCAUGUCGACAACCUGAUCAAUCGCCUACCUUCCAGCGGUAUUGUCGAUCUCCAGCCUUUGUUUUUCGAUAUGACCUUGGAUACCGCAACAGCUUUACUAUUUGGGAGAUCAGUCUAUAGUUUGCGGGCAGGUAUCGACCAGCAUAAAGAGAACAAACUCUUCGCAGAAAGCUUUAACGUUGCGCAAGAGGGACUUGCCAAACGCUUUCGUAUAGCACCUUGGCACUUUCUCUAUAACCCUCCAGCGUUCCGGAAAGCAUGUGCUAAUGUGCAUCGAUUUGUUGAAGGGUAUAUCAAGGAACUGGACUUGGACAAUGCUGAGCGACAUGAUAUGAAACAAUAUGGCUUCAUAAAGCAGAUCGCUGAAGAGUCUGCCAGCUUGAAGGAGCUCCGUGACCAACUUCUGAACGUUUUGCUUGCUGGCCGUGAUACAACAGCGUGCUGUUUGUCUUGGACAUUUCGACUUCUCGUUCGUCAUGCUCAUGUAAUGAAACGUUUGCGGGAAGAGAUCGCCUUAGUCAUGGAGGGCAAUCUCAUGCCAAAUAGGGACCAAAUCAAGAAAAUGCCGUAUCUUGCUUGUGUCAUCAAAGAAAGUCUUCGUCUCUAUCCUCCUGUUCCAUUGAACAAUCGCGAAGCGGUGCAAACUACCAUUCUACCAACAGGGGGCGGACCAGAAGGAAAUAAGCCUAUGUUGGUAAGAAAGGGAGAACUCGUUGUAUUCUCGCAAUACGUGAAUUCACGAAAGAAGAACAUAUAUGGCGCUGAUGCAUAUGAGUUUCGUCCUGAGCGAUGGGAGAGCGGUGAACUUGGGAACGUUCGUUGGGCUUAUUUCCCUUUCAGUGGUGGGCCACGUCAAUGUCUGGGUGAGGAUUUCGCCCAAACUGAGAUAUCCUACACGAUCGUGAGGAUACUGCAAACAUUUUCGCAGAUUUCGUUACCCCGCGAGGAGCCGAAUGAACCCGUCGGAAGCGAAAGGCAGCGGCUGACACUUGUCCUCUCGAGCGCCGAAGGAUGCAAAGUGGAAAUCCGUAAAGGAUAG